AUGUGGCGCGUCAAACUCGAUCAUAUCUUUAAUAUUAUUGUUCACGUAGCAUUACAACAAGAAGGCUUCUUGACUGGUGAAUUCCGCGUCGUGCGCUUACGUCUUGGUCGAAGGUGGGUUGGUGCACAACUUUUGAGCGAGGACAUGACGGAUUCAAUGAAAAAUCAAUGGUUGCAUCGCGUGGAUUACGAAAGUAUAGAUGGUGUUCAAACUGUUGAAAGCGACGUUUUUAAGACGGUGAAAGGAGUCUGGGAUAAAUAUGUCGCCGAUCUGGCUAAUCCACUUCAAAGGACACCAGACGAUUUUAACUUCAAAGAAUCAUUUCAAUCAUACGAGAAGCAAGAAAAGCGGACGUCGCUGAGAGUGAGAGUGAUGCUCGAUACGACAUUGAAGGAUAUUCUCAGCGAUUGUCGAACAACAUUCUGGAUGCCGUAUCAAUUUGAGCUAUGGCUUAUGGAGCAAGAAGAUGCGUAUAAAUAUCAACAAUUCACUGUCGGAAACCAACAUAUUGGCUCCAUUGUCAACGGAUCAUAUGAAGACCUGGUAGCAAUUUACGAAAUGAAGGACAUGGCUGCUGAAGAUUUUGGUGUAGCAUGGUUCUUAGAAUAG